AUGCUGGAGGUCAAAACGAUAUAGAAAAACUUUCCAAAACAAAACAAUGAUAUUUCAAUAAUUUGAAAUCAAAAUCGCUUCAUUACACAAUCGAUCUUCUCUUCAGUUGUAAAAUUAAUCCCCACACAUUUACCGACCAAUUGGAUGAUAAAACGUUUCCACUCCAGUUAUCAGCGGGAGGUGUUUAAUAUUAAAAACGACGAGCAAGACAAACUAUUAGUUUUGGUCCAGUCUCCGAACCGUUGACACACCAUGGAAGCCCUAAGAUUCACGCAGAAGAACGCCAACUUGGAGCUGGCCCAAGUUCCCAUCCCCAAAGUCUCCAACCCAAGACAAGUGCUCAUCAAAGUUGCUUAUGCGGGAAUCUGCGGCACCGACCUCCAUAUCAUUGCUGGCGAGUUUCCUUGCAACAAAACCAACACCUUCACCUUGGGUCACGAGUUUUCUGGCACCGUCGUGGAGGUCGGCUCUGAAGUCACCAACUUCAAAAAGGGUGACAGAGUGUCCGUGGACCCCAACAACGGUUGCAAGUGCUGCAACUUCUGCCACAAUGGCAAACCCCACUUCUGUCAAACUGGUGGCAUCAACAACACCAUUGGCAUUUACAGAGAUGGAGGUUGGGCCAACUAUGCUCUAGCUCCUGAAGAGCAAGUCCACAAACUCCCCGACAGUAUUACUUUGGAACAAGCUGCGUUGACCGAACCCUUGUCCUGCUUAUCUCACGGAUGGGACAUCAUCUCCCCAAUUCCUGUUGGUUCCAAGAUUUUGGUGACCGGAGCCGGCAUCAUCGGUAACCUGUGGGUGUGCGCCCUCCAUUUGCAAGGCCACAGGAACGUAACUGUCUCAGAACCCAACGCCUCCAGGCUGAACCAAUUGAAGAAGCUUGACACCGGAUACACCCUGCUGACUCCAGAUCAGUUAAAGAAGAACCAAGAGGCCGACCCUGAGUAUUUGUUCGACGUGGUCAUCGACUGCAGUGGUUUCCCACCAGCUGUGGAGCACGCCGUCAGUCUCUUGCAACGCGGAGGGAAACUCUGUUGCUUCGGAGUCGCUCCUCCACACGGAAGGAUCACCAUUUCUCCCUUCGAUAUUUACAUGAAGGAGUUGACCAUCCAUGGUGUCAACAUCAACCCGUUCAGCUUCCCCAAGUCCAUUGGACUGUUGGAGGCCAUGGGUGACAGAUAUUUGAACUACGGCAACUUGGGAAUCAAGACUUUUUCGUUGAGCCAGUACAAAGAAGCGAUACAAUGUUUGCACAAAGGAGAAAUUGCCAAAGCCAUUUUCAAAUUGUAAAAUAUGUUAUUAAAUACAUUUUAUAAAUGUU